GUCCUGUCAUUGGUCAUUCUCCAACAUGGCGGCUUCAGGGAAGAAAAAGCAGAAAAAGGGAAAAACCCUUACCUUAACUGACUUUCUGGCAGAAGAUGGAGGAGGAGGGAAUGCCCCAGUCUACAUUCACUCAAAGCCAGUAAGUUGGGCAGAUGAGACAGAUGACUUGGAUAAUGAAGUUUCCACUGCUUGGCCUGGUGUUGAUGAUGAUGUUUACAAGCCUGCCAUUAAUAGGGCAUUACUGCCAACAGCACCUCGAGCAGCUCGAGCACCAGACAUUGAUAUGAGCCGUAUUCCUAAGCAGCCACCAUACACAGCUUUUCUAGGCAACUUGCCUUACGAUGUAUCUGAAGAGUCCAUCCGCAAGUUCUUCCAUGGAAUGAAUAUCAGUGCUGUGCGUUUGCCGAGAGAGUCCACCAACCAGGAUAGACUGAAGGGAUUUGGUUAUGCUGAGUUUGAUGAUGUGGAAUCGCUGAUGAAUGCUUUGAGUCUCAACGAAGAGAUGUUGCAGAACCGAAGGAUCAGGGUGGAUAUUGCUGAUCAAGCUCAGGAAAAAGAAAGGGAAUCAGGUAGAGGAGGAGAUCGGGACAGAGUUCGUGAUGCAGAGAUGGAGUCUGACUGGAGGGCUCGGCCAGCAACUAGUAGCAAUGAUGACUAUCCAUCAAGAAGGAUGGAGGAUUCAUUUGGCGACAGAAUUAGGGACCGUUAUGACAUCCGUGAUCGGGAUGGUUCUCGGCGGGAUGGAGAUAGGUACAGGGAUGAUGGUUUCCGGGACCGUGGUUAUGAUAGAGGCAGCCGGCGUGUAUUUGGCAGCGGAUUCAGGAGAGACAAUUAUGACGACAGGCGGAGUGAUGAUUAUCGUGGUGGUGGUGGUGAUCGUUACACUGACCGCUACAAUGACCGUUACAGUGAUGGAUUUGACCGCUUUGACAGAAGAGAUGACAGGAGAGGUGAUUAUGGCUCAAGAGAUGAAAUGAAGCAGGAAGAUAGAGGACCUGUACAGAGGCCUAAAUUGAACCUGAAACCUCGCAGCAUUCCAAAAGAAGAGGUUGUACGUGCUCCCCCUGCAGCAUCAUCUGGAAGAUCAGCGUCCAUUUUUGGUGCUGCCAAGCCAGUGGAUACAACAGCUAAAGAACGUGAGGUUGAAGAGAGAUUGAAGAAAGAGCAAGAAAAAUAUCAGAGGCAAAUAGAUGAUCAAGAAAGAGGGAUUAAAGGGGUUAAACAGCCACGAGAAAGACAUCCAAGCUGGCGCAAUGAAGAUCAGGUGGAGCGUUCAAGGACUACCAGCGACUCUUCACAGCCAACUGAUACAAGUGCCCCUGCAGGUCGAGCUACAGUCAGAAGAGAGAGUGAAAAAUCAUUGGAUAAUGAAGUGUUCAGCAAAGAAGAGGAGCCGCACUCACCAGUGUCCAAAACUUGUAAACCAGACCAGCUUCGACUUAAGGUUGUACCUGCCCCUCCACCUAAAGAAAAUGCCUGGACAAAGCGAAGUAGUAACCAGAACACUGAGACAGAGGCCACAAUGCCCCUUUCACCAAAUAGUGUGUCAUCGAGUAAAUCACUCAGGUCACCAAGUGGCAAAGCUGGACCAGUUCCACCAACAGAUGAUAAAGCAGAAUAUGAAAUAAAAGACAAAACUUCACCCAAAGAACGCAGCGGAGCCAACAGUGCUAUGAGCCGGGGACAGAAUGAUAGCAUAAACAAGGAAAGAAGGAAGGAAUCAGAAAGGAAAGACAAAAAGGGCCGUGAUUCAAAACCUAUAACUGAGCCAAAGAAAUACGAGGAGUUGCCCACUCCUAAAUUCAGCUCGGCUAGCAAAUAUGCUGCUUUGAUGAUUGAUGCUGAUGAAGAAGGAGACAGUACAGACUAAAGUUCUGUUUGAGGAAAACGCAUCCACUUUCCCUUUUCGGAGAACUGAAAGAAUGAACUUCAAUUAAAAUGUGACUGUCAACAACCCAUAUGGCUUACAUCUCCCGGAACUUUUUCUUGCAUGCUGCUGCAGCCAUUGAAUAUGAAACCUAUGGAGAUUUCAUCUACCACUUAAUAUGUUGGCCUCUGGCUUUUGAGAAAACAUUGUGUGCAGUAGUUAGAAUGGUAUUUUACAUUUGGAUGUCCCUCUUUUUUUAAAAAAGAAAAACCUAGUAAGGAGGUAAGGUUUGGCUAAAAGUGAAUAAUGGAAAUAGUGGUUCAUAGAGGAAAAGAAAUUGUAAUUGAUGAUGCACUUUCUAAAAUAAAAUUGGCUAGUGUGAUUGGUACAAACAGUUGUCACAAUUUCGGUGCCCCUUCCAAGAUGUCAGAUGAUAUUUUAAAAUAAAUUGGGAUUUGGGUCAUAAUCAAGUAAUUAAUAAUGGUGCGGUAACAGUUUUCCUGUUACCCCACCAUAAUCAAAUUGGUCAACCUGCUACUGGGACUAAUCAUGAAAUUCUACAGCAGUCUGUUGAUAUUACUAAACCCAGCAUUAUUUUUUUCUCCCCAUAAAUUUGAGAGUAUUAUGCUGUUGCUGUACAGCUGAUUUGCUGGUAUUUCAGGUGAGAGUUAUUGGGGCCAAAUUUGCUGAUACAUCCAUCUAUGAACAAAUGUGUAUGGGAAUUAGUGGCCAAUAGAUGUGCUUUGUUUGAGAAUGUAUCUUAAAAGUAAAAACACACUUAGUGUAAACUUGUUUGCACAGCAUACACAUAUAUUGCCACAAGAAAAUGGCUCAUCUCCUUCACACAGGUUAAGAUCUAGAUCUUAUUGAUGUCUGAUAUCACAGACAAGUUUAAACAUUUUCAUCUGUUCUAUUUUAUAAUUUUUUUUGAAAUUCUUUCCAGUAAAUAUUGGAAACUGCCAACUCCAGGCUUAUUCAGUUGUGGCAUUGUUUUGAUUGUGCAUAAAUACUGACAUACAAACAGAUUUCCAAACAAUGGAGAGCAAUUUGCACCAAUCAAAGUGAAGUUUUCUACUGGAAAGUGAAUUAAAAUUACUGCAUGUCAGAUAUUUGAACAUACUGGAUCAGGUUUUUUUUUGUUUUCACUAUCAUGAACAGGUUAUAUAUACAAGGGUCUCUGAUAUUUGUAAGACUGCCAUAAAGAAUUGUUUUGACAUGCAUAUGCAUGAUCCUAGAAAACUGCAGAUUAUACUGGUACAGUUUCUAGAGUCUUGGAGUAUCAUUGGAUGAGUACUUUUAAUUAAUUAAUUCAAGUUUCCAUUCCAGUAACCUUGAGAAAUCCCAACUUACCUCCCUGUCAAAUUUCAAGUUCACUAGAUGUUGCUCAUUAUUACAUGUCACGGGUUGUAAAAGCAAGGGCAGAUGCUUUAUCAAAGUGAACAUUGUAAAGAUAGCUGAACACUGUCUAAACUGCUGUGCUUGAACUAACUGCAACACAGUUCACAAAACAGUGUCCCUUCACAAGUUAACACCAGAAGCAUGUUGACCUUUUUACUAAAAGCUACCUUAGAAAACCUAGGAAUGUAAUAAAUAUGUUGCAUUUUUGGCUACUCAGUCUGGUUUACAACCAAUCCCAGUUCAUGAAGGUUACAGCUUUUUUUGUGCUUGACAGCAUAUUCGAGUGGAGCUGAAAGAGCUGAAAUUUUUUUACAGUUCAUUGGUACAAUGCAAACAUUUUAACAGUUGCAUUCUUAUUUUUUGGGUGAUCAGGUUUAGUUCUCAAAGGCAUUUAUAUUGAAAAGUUUGCUUGAACAAUUGGCUUUUGUGUUCUAACAAUUGAUAGUUCUGAAAAUAAUAAGACAUAAAGAUCAAAGAUUGGGUCCUAAUUAAAUUCUCUUCAGUCACAUUGAAUCUGGAUACUGUUGGGAAUAUUGAUAUUAAGACUUUUGCUUUUCACUACGAAUCUUGCAUGAUCUUUUAUUUGUUUAGUGCUGCAGCAAAGGGACUGUGUAUUUAAAUGUGCAUCACUGAGUCUGUAAACAAGACCUUUUGAUGAAAAGCAAGUGCAAAAUGUGACUGCGAUUUAAAAAAAAUAAGAAAAAAAAAUUAAAAAACAGCAUUUCCUACUUUUAAUUUAUUUGCUCAGAAUUAAAAUGAUCUUCAAUGCACUAUGCUGAUUUGCCUAGUCACUAGCAGUCCAAACUGGAUUUCAAAACAAUUCAAUCAAGCCCCCUUGAUCCUUUUAACCCUUUCCAGCAGUAGCAGACUGUGUUUUACUCUUUACCAGCUUGAGUGAUUUUAUGCUGCGAUGGUUUGUAUGGAUAAUAAAGCAGUUUCAUUCGACAGAAAUAAAUUUGAUGCGUUCAUAGUAUCAUCUGAAGAAUUGUGAUGGACAAAAAUUGGACAUAUUUGUGUUUAUUAAAAUUGCCUGAAAGAAAUCAAAUUUAGAAUUCUGGGGUUCAAGGUAAAUAAUACUACAGUCUGUGUUUUAAGAGAAAUUCAGCUUUAAACACAGGUAUUUAUUGGUGAUUCUCAGAAAUGAGUUUUUUUCUCUCUCAAUUCCUUUCCACCCCACUGCCAUGACUACCACUACCCCGAUAUAGAAAAAAAAUAAUGAAUUAGUUUACACAUUACACACUGAGAGGACUUAUGUAAAAUUUGUAUAAUACCUUCUAUUAAAAAAGAUUUGUACUCUAUAGUCUGCUUUCCAGGAGAUGUCUUUUAUUAUCAUGUAUAAUGCCCCAUCCGUUUUCCUUCAAAAUAAACUAAUCUUUGGAAUACCUUCA